AUGAUUACUGUUCGUUGUAUCAUAGCUUUAGUUGUGCAGUUUAAAUGGAGUUUGUUUCAGUUAGAUGUGAAUAAUGCUUUUUUAUAUGGUGAUUUGAUUGAAGAAGUUUAUAUGUAUUUACAUGAGGGAUAUUAUAGUCCUAAUGAUAAACGAGUAUGCAAACUUGUUAAAUCCCAAUAUGGUUUAAUACAGGCUCCGAGACAAUGGUAUGCAAAAGUGUCUUUGUGUUUACUUGAUAAUGGGUUUGUUCAAAGCAUAAAUGAUUAUUCUCUGUUUACGAAGUCUGUUAAUAAUGUUUUCAUAAUUUUGCUUGUUUAUGUUGAUGAUAUAGUGAUAACUGGAAAUAAUAAUCAGGAAAUAAACAAUGUUAAAGAAUUUCUUAAGAGUAAGUUUCUCAUUAAGGAUUUGGGAAAGUUAAAAUUUUUUCUUGGUAUUGAGAUCUUAGAUUGUGCAAAUGGAUUGUGUAUGACCCAAAGAAAGYAUUGUCUUGAAUUGCUUCAUGAAUUUGGUUAUCUUGGUUGUAAACCUUGCAGCACACCUAUGGACAUGAAUUUGAUUGUAACUGACUCUAGUAGCUCAAAAGAUCCUUAUCUGUCUGAUCAUACUGGUUUUCAAAGAUUAAUUGGAAAACUCAUUUAUCUUUUAGCAACUAGACCUGAUAUUGCAUUUGUUGUUCAUUGUUUAAGUCAAUUCAUGCAUGCUCCAAGGCAAUCUCAUUUAAAUCUUGCUAUUAGAAUUCUUAGAUACUUGAAAUUGUCUCCUGGCAAAGGAGUUAGCUUCAUCAGGUCUGAAAUUUUUUUGCUUAGUGCUUACGUUGAUGCCGACUGGGGUAAAUGUCUUUUCUCCAGAAAGUCUGUUACUGGUUUUUGUAUAUUUCUUGGUAAUUCUAUGCUUUCAUGGGAAAACAAGAAACAAAGCACAGUUUCGCGCUCUUCUGCUGAAUCCGAGUACAGGGCGAUGGCCACUGUUACUUGUGAAAUUAUUUGGAUUCUUAAAAUCUUAGUAGAUUUGAACAUAAAGAAUUUACUUCCUGUUAGCUUAUUUUGUGAUAACAAGUCUGCAAUUCAAAUUGUAAACAAUCCUGUUUUUCAUGAGAGAACAAAGCACAUAGAAAUUGAUGUUCAUCAAAUUCGUGAAAACAUCAGUAAAGGAAUAAUAAAAGUUGUUAAAAUAAUUUCUUCUGAACAACCAGCUGAUAUUUUCACAAAAUCUCUUGGUAUAACACAUCAUAAUUUUCUUUGUUCAAAACUCAAAAUGAUUGAUUUAUUCAAAAGUCAAGAUUGA